AUGGGAGAUACGUUUUUAUUUUUCUUUUUUUCUUUUUUUGUGCUUUUUUCAGCAUUUAUGGUGAUCCGAUCAAAGAACCCGGUGUAUUCAGUUCUUUUUUUGAUCCUUGUCUUUUGUAAUACAGCUGGAUUACUCCUUUUACUCAAUUUAGAUUUCUUUGCAUUGAUCUUCUUAAUUGUGUACGUUGGCGCCAUUGCAGUUUUAUUCUUAUUCGUUGUUAUGAUGCUGGAUAUUAAACUUGCUGAAAUGCAAGAAAGCAUUUUCUUCUAUUUACCGAUUGGUGGCUUCAUUGGACUCAUUUUUUUUAUUGAAUUCUACUUUUUAUUCAAUAAAGAAUUUGUCCCACUUCACCUUGAAACGCUCUCGACAGGAAGUACAUCAAUGCUCACUUUACAAUUUUAUGUAUAUGCCUUCUGGGCUUUCGUUCUUUAUGGUUUUUCGGCACCACACUUUGCACAAAAGUUCCGCGCUUAUUCUACACAUUUUUUUGAGCAAUUACGUGGUCUUGAGCACCAAGCGCAUCAAAAUUUGGAGUAUGUCAUUUGGCCAACCUAUGUGGAUUCUAAGACACCUGUCGAAGCAUUAGGACAAGUAUUAUAUACAUAUUAUUUUUAUUUUUUUUUAGUGGCGAGCCUCAUUCUUUUAAUCGCAAUGAUUGGUGCGAUUAUGUUGACUUUAAACCCGCAUCGUGCAGUCAGACGUCAACAAGUAUUUGAACAGAAUGCGAGAGAUUUCGCAAAAACUGUACAUAAGAUUCGUACAUUAAAAUAA